UUUUAAACUUCUCCUUCUUGUAAUCAAAAACUUCUCACUCAUUAUCAUGUGCUAAAGUCGCAAAAAUAUACCUACCUGUUGAGAAGAGAGAACAUUAGUUGAACAUUCGAAGGACAUUCGAUGUUAAAAAAAUUCUUUUUUCUUCUUCUUCCCUGAAUAGAAAACUUUUUCCAUUUUCUUUGUGCUACCUGUUGAUUGAAUUUCCAUUUCUGAGUUUUCCCCUGAAAGAAAUUUAAUAUAACAAUUAACCAUAAAAAUGUCCAAUGCAAUGAAAAGUGAUGCUUUCAAGAAUCUAAUUUGUUUUGUGUUGAUACUUUACCAUUGGACUGUUGGUGCGAUUAUGGCCUUACUACCUCGAUCUUUAAAGCACAAGGAUAUUAAAGGUGAAACCGUUCUAAUCACGGGCGGAGGAAGUGGCCUAGGUCGAAACUUAGCCUGUAGAUUUGCUAAACUUGGCUGUCGAAUUGUUAUUUGGGACAUUAAUGCUCACGGAAUGAAUGAAACCGCCGCUCGAAUUAAAAAAUUGGGCUCACCCGUUUUCACCUUUCAGGUUGAUAUUUCAAACCGAGAAUCAGUUUAUGAGACUGCAAUUAAAACCAAACAAUUAGCCGGACCAAUUACAAUCCUAGUUAACAAUGCAGGAAUUGUAACCGGAAAGCGAUUCAUUGAUUUACAAGAUGAUGAUAUUGAUAGAACCAUGGCCGUUAAUUGUACCUCCAAUUUUUGGAUAAUCAAAUCGUUUCUUGGUAACAUGAUGGCAAAUAAUCAUGGGCACAUAGUGACCAUCUCAAGUGUCGCUGGACUUUCAGGUGGACCUCGACUUGCCGAUUAUUGUGCCUCCAAAUUUGCCUCCGUGGGCAUUGAUGAAUCCCUAAGGUACGAGAUGAAGACAGAGGGUUACGAUGGGAUCCACUGUACGGUUGUGUGUCCAUGGUUCAUAAACACCGGCAUGUUUGACGGGGUGAAAACCAAGUACAUGGGACUUUUGGACUCAGAUUAUGUCGCCGAUGAGAUAAUCUCAGGGAUUCUGGCUAAUCAGGAGAUAAUUGUGGUUCCAAAGUUAAUCUACUUCCUAUUGUUCAUCAAGUCAUUUCUUCCCUCUCAAGCUUCAUAUUAUAUCAUCAAACUGAUCGGUGGUGACACGGCGAUGAUGACCUUUCAUGGAAGAGCCAAUAAGGUUAAACAUGGUUAGAAUACUUUUUCAUCAUGAACAAUUAACUGAUCUCAAUUACAAACAAUCUAAAUGGCAGCUAAUUGUGUCUUGAUUUUUUGCUUCCAAAUUGUUCAUUUAAUCAAUCUAUCAUUUUCUAUGUAUUUAUUACAAAUCAAACUGAUUAAAGAUGAAGUACUUAAAACUGA